AUGGCUUCCGUCGAACAUCAAUACAAAUUCAACAUCUCCAUGAGCUGCGGCGGCUGCUCCGGCGCCGUCGAGCGCGUCCUCAAGAAACUCGACGGAGUAAAAUCCUACACCGUCAACUUGGAAUCGCAAACAGCCACCGUCGUCGCGGACCCUUCGCUCGAAUACGACACUGUGCUAAGCACCAUCAAGAAGACUGGCAAGACUGUGAAUAGCGGCGAGGCGGAUGGCGAGCCGAAGGAUGUUUGA